AUCAUGUAAUCAAGAGUAUCUAAUUAGUACCUAAUUAGUUAGUUAGCAAUCCCUGAACUACGUGCAUAUCCUGCUACACUUCUGUGGUGGAUUUUGGUAUUCAAUGGCCGCAGUGGGUUAGGCGCGCCUCUCUCAUGGAAGCUCCCCAUGAAGUGGGACCAUCUCACCGGGAAUCGAGGCUAUAUGGCCUCGAAUUGAAGGAGAAGGAGAGGUAGCAGGGUGGGAUCAUGGCCAGGAAUUGAAGGAGGGUCGGAGCUCUAUGGGUUUAUAGGACGUCAGAGAGGACUGUGUGUGUGUGUGUGUGUGUGUGUGUGUGUGUGUGUGUGUAUGUGUGUGCGCGGUAUGUGUGUGUGUGUGUGUGUGUGUGUGUGUGUGUGUGUGUGUGUGGUUGGCGUGUAUGUGUGUGUGUGUGUUGGCGCGGGCUUUGUGGUACCCAACGUGUAAGAGAAAUAGAGGAUAAUACUAUUAGAUUAUAAUAUAAUAAAGUAUAUUAUUCAGUGAUCUGGGGUACUGCUAUGCAGAAAAUCACCUCCUCAAUGUCGGGAAUGUCUAGCUCCUUCGUUAGCAUGUUCAAGCCGAAGCCCAAYCCUCAACAGCAGCUUCGGGAAUGGCAGCGGAAGUUGAGGAACGAGCAACGGAACAUUGAGAGACAGAUACGAGAGAUUAGCAGGGAUGGCGUCGGUGUUCAGAAGGAGAUUAAAAUUGCUGCCAAAAGGGGUGAUAUGCAAUCCGCCAAGGUUUUGGCGCGGGAGCUCGUCAGAGCGAGGAAAGUCAUUUCCAGACUGCAUGAGAACAAGGCACAGUUAAAUUCCAUCUCACUCAAAUUGGGAGAGAGUGUAGCGACUGCACGAGUCGUUGGGCAUCUGCAGAAGAGCACUGAGGUGAUGCAGCUGGUUAAUGGGCUGCUGAAAGCGCCGGAGAUUGCAAAGACGAUGCAGGAGAUGUCCAAAGAAAUGAUGAAGGCUGGUAUCAUGGAGGAGAUGGUGGAAGAUACCAUGGAAUCUGUUCUCGAUAACGAUGAUAUAGAAGAAGAGACGGAGGAAGAGGUUAGCAAACUGCUCGACGAGUUGGCAGUUGAGGUUGACGUUUUGCCGGAAGCCGCGACGAAAUUGCCAGCUUCCGAACGGCAGAGAGUGAAAGCGAAGACCCGUUUGGCAGAGCAGCACCCAGCGGAUCUGUCUUACCGGUCAGCAAGGGGGGCAGAUGGCAUGAAAGUUCAGGCCAAGCACAUUAAAAGGAAGAGGCUGAGCUGGUGGCGGGGCGGAGGGGGGGGAGGGGGGGGAGGGGGGGGAAAGAAUGGAGAAUGGAGAAUGGGGGGAGCGGGACGUUGAUUACUGCGCUGAAAGAGAAUGUUUGUUGGGCGUUGGUCAUCGGACGGGUUCAUACCAAGGGUUUUCUCACCAAAGUACAAUAUUGCUGGCUGAUGAUUGCGUCGAAGGUGACAGCGUACCCAUCCAUUGUUGGUUGAGGUAGUGUUGAACAGGACAGCAGAAGAAUUCCCCUGAGAAGGUCCAUCGAAGCUGAAGGCGUGUAUCGAUUGUACCGAGAAUCGGCAUCUCAAAUUGUCAUCAAGUGUUAUGCUUUCUUGCCUUCAUCGCCCACAGCCUCGUGGGAAGGGUUGCGGUGAGGUGGCACAGCGGUAAAUAGUCGGGAAAGCAGGUUCCGUCGGUAAAUGCGGGUUUCGUCGGUAAAUGCAGGUUUCGUCGGUAAAUGCGGGUUCCGUCGGUAAAUGCGGGUUUCGUCGGUAACUGCGGGUUUCGUCGGUAACUGCGGGUUCCGUCGGUAAAUGCGGGUUUCGUCGGUAAAUGCGGGUUCCGUCGGUAAAUGCGGGUUUCGUCGGUAACUGCGGGUUUCGUCGGUAACUGCGGGUUCCGUCGGUAAAUGCGGGUUUCGUCGGUAAAUGCGGGUUUCGUCGGUAAAUGAUUCCGGUUCUCGGAUCGUGCUCAGUUUGUGUUUCUGGUAACUUUCUACCCGUCCUUGUUUUUUGUUCAUCCAUCGAUGUUUUUGAAGAUUUUUUGCCGAUUUUUUGCUGCGUACGACAUCUAUCUGCAAUUCGGAAGAAAAUACGGGAGAAGUAUUUUUUGGAGGGAGGAGAAUCUUCGCGUCGAGCAUCCGCAUGAUGUUUCGACAAGAAGCAGAUGCAAAACUCCACCCAUCUGUGGUGGCUCUUGACCGAGCAAAACUCCACCCAUCUGCGGUGGCUCUUGACUGAUUCUUGCCCAUCGUGAAUAUGUGAGGGGAGCUGUAUUUGUAGUAUUUUGUACAUCUGUAUAUAUCCAUACAUAUAUAUUAUAUAUCAAUGGCUGUUUUUUUUUCGUUCUGUAAGAGAUAGGGAACGCUCGAGUAUACGUGUAUAUGUCAGGCGCAGGGUUCCCUUCUGAGUUUCUGUCACAGUGUCUGAGACUGCGAAACACUCGGCGCGGGAAUCAGUGUGGAUGUCUGAUUCUGAUGCACACAAAGCUUGGCGAGCCUUGGCCUCCUCUCGUGGGGCAAAUUGGGUUGGGACCCCCUUUUACUCGACAGAGGCAGUCGAUAAAUAAAUAAAUACUGUUGGCCAAAUUGGGUUCGGCUGAUAAACAACAAUUGAACAAAGAAAAACAAAAAAGAAAAGAUGUACAAGCUGCUGACAGGGCCGUCGUGCGACGACUAAGAUACGGAAAGUUAAUCCACCGGUGACCGAAGUCUGUAACAUGAGGAAAGUUUGGAACGCAUAUGGAGCUGGGGGAAAAAGGCGGGAGAAGAGAAGCAGAUUAGUAGGAGGAUGGGUGGAAAUAUCUUCUGCCAUUUUUUGGUUCUCUUUUUUUUUUCUUUUGUUUUUUUUUCUUUUCAAUCAGUGAUUCAGUGUCUGGAUACUUUUUUUUUUUGUUUUUUUUUUGUAAUCAGUGGCUGGAUACUGAUCUAUUGGGGCAAUGUGGCAAGAUUUUUCAAUUAUUAAGAUUUUUUUUUCCCUUUUUCUUCUUCUUCUUCUUCUUCUUCUUCUUCUUCUUUUGAACUCCUAAGUUCUGUACCAAUAUCAGGCGGGGAGGCGGGGACAUGAUUGCGCACGUGGACGGUGUGUGGGUUGUUUCAACUUUCUCAUUAUGGCAUGGAAUUGU